GCUUACGACGUCGUGAAAGCCAAUUCGCAAAUGCAAUCCAAUAUUUGAUGUGUGCAGUAAUUGAAAGCAGAAACCGUUGACCGUACAUAUCUAUUCACUCUCCCUCUGCCUCUCCCACCACCAAAAAUCACAAGCUCCGCCGCCGGUAAACGCUCCAAGAUCCGCCAUUUCGAGCUUCCACCUGCAAAAGGAGCUCAAUUUCAACGGUUUUGUCUUGUAAAUGGGGGAAAUUAGAAGAUGAAGGUGACGAUAGAGACAGGUGCCAGCCACCAAAUCCAGUCCCCUCGAAACCCUUCAGAUCUUCCCGAGAAGCCCGGGUUCCCUCCGCGCAAGCCGCCGCGCCGCAAGGCCCACUCCGGAGUCCGUUUGAGGAGGGAAUCCGGAGCUCCGACUACGAAGCGGAGCAGCCGACCCGAAACCCCUUUGCUCAGGUGGAAGUUCGAUGAGAAUAAUGUAGCUGCGGAUGGGGAGGAGGAGAAGGCCGGGGAAGCCGUCCGGAACGGCCGUCGGAGGAAUAGGGCUGGGGUUUCCUCUAGGAAGCUAGCCGCCGGGUUGUGGCGGCUGCGGCUGGCGGAGCUGCAGGAUAAUGUCGCCCAAGGAGGAUUAGGGAUUCAGUCUGGAGGUGGCCAUUUCGGAGCCUCUAUCCAUUGUCAUCACGCAGACAAAGUGCAUCAUUCUCCUGCUGAGGAUCCCGACUCUCCACAGUCCGUCUCUGGUCCAAAACACUCCCUUCUCUACAAGUUUGAACCUUCUUUUCAAUUUCCGAAUUAUGCGAUGGAGGGUGCGACAAAGUGGGAUCCUGAUGGUUGGAAAGUAUCGGAGGAAGUGAAGAAUAUAUUCGGCCCAACAAAGCCUAACGAUGAGCACCGAGCAAGUUCUGCUAAAGUAAUAUCUGCACUCAAGGAAGAGCUGGAGCAGGCUAGAGCAAGAAUCAACGAGCUUGAAACUGAUCGCAGAUCUUCAAAGAAGAAACUAGAACAAUUCUUGCGUAAACUCAGUGAGGAAAGAGCUGCAUGGCGGAGCAGAGAACACGAAAAAGUUCGUGCUAUUAUAGAUGACAUGAAAGCUGAUGUUACCAGGGAAAAGAAGAACCGGCAAAGGCUGGAGAUCGUCAAUUCUAAGCUGGUCAACGAGUUAGCUGAUGCCAAGCUAUCGGCCAAGCGUUACCUGCAUGAAUAUGAGAAGGAAAGGAAGGCCAGAGUACUGAUAGAGGAGGUUUGCGAUGAGCUAGCGAAAGAGAUUGGAGAAGACAAGGCUGAAGUGGAAGCAUUAAAGAGAGAGUCGAUGAAACUUCGGGAGGAAGUGGAUGAAGAGAGGAAGAUGUUGCAAAUGGCUGAGGUUUGGCGCGAGGAACGGGUUCAAAUGAAAUUGGUCGAUGCCAAGGUGAUGCUCGAAGAGAAGUACUCCCAGAUGAACAGGCUUAUAGCGGAUCUUGAACCGUUCCUGAACUCUAGAUCAGAUUCGCAGGAGAUGAAGAAAGCAGAAUUUUUACGGCAGGCAGCCGCCUCUCUUAACAUACAAGACGUUCGUGAUUUAACGUACGAGCCCCCGAACUCUGACGACAUUUUCUCCGUCUUUGAAGAUGUCAAUUUCGGCGAAUCCAAUGAGAGAGAGGUCGAGCCAAGCGUUGGCUACACCCCUGCGAGUCAUGCCUCCAAGAUACACACAGUGAGUCCUGAAAUAAAGAUGCUCAACAAAGACGGCGCUCACAGGAGUUCCAAUGUAUAUAUGAACCAGAGUGACGAGCUAGAAGAGGACGCGAGCGAGUGGGAAACCGUGAGCCACCCUGAGGAUCGGGGCUCAAGUUACUCACCAGACGGAAGCGACCCUUCUGUCAACAAGAAUUUCCAGGCCAGCAACGUCCCAAUGAAUGGGAUGGAAUGGGACAAAGAUGGAGGGCAGGAGACGCCAAUAAUGGAAAUCAGCGAAGUGGACUCAGCAAGACUGAGGCAGUUGAAGAGGGUCUCUUCAAUAUCUAAACUAUGGAGGUCGUGCCCGAGCAACGGUGACAAUUACAAGAUCAUAUCAGUCGAUGGAAGGCUCUCGAAUGGUAGGCUUUCUAAUGCAGGUAUCAUGUCACCUGAUCACGGCUCAGCAAAAGCUUGCCUUAGCCCCCAAGAUUUGUCGGGGCAGUGGAGCUCGCCCGACUCAGGAAACCCACACGUGAAUCGUGCUAUGAAAGGGUGCAUUGAAUGGCCACGCACCGGGCAGAGGAAUAGUUUGAAGGCGAGACUGCUCGAGGCGAGAAUGGAGAGCCAAAAGGUCCAGUUGCGCCAGGUUUUGAAGCACAAGAUUUGAAACUCCUAUAAAUGGUAACUUGUCUUCCGCCAGCUCGACCACAGGCAUCUCCACCGGGGGCUCGGAUCAUGCGUUAAAUGGAUCUUGCUUGUCGGCAUUCGCAAAGCUAAGGUAUGGAUUAUUAUGAGGUAUUCCGUGUUAGGAGAUAGCAAUUUUGCUGAUGAGCAGCCUAAGCAAAUGGCGGUAUUUAUUAGUUACUAUGAUGUAAACAUUGUAUCUGUAAUUUGGCUGCAGACAGUCUGCUCUGCUCUGCUCUGCUCAGUUAGUUGCUUCUUUUCCCAAGCCUUGUUGUGUUGUCUACUAUUGGAAUGGAAUCUUUUUCAUGUCCAAAAACUGCUCUCUUGUUAUUAGCAUCAUGGGACAUGGAGGAAGAGGGAAAUAACAUCAUGUUCUACUGAGAUAACUGUAAUUUUAUUCUUAAAUUUUUAAAUCAUUGAAUAAUGUCUCAAUCUUUCGAUUUGGUGCAAAUUUUGUUCCUUUGUA